CUCGCCGCGGUCUACUCACUACGCGGGUGGAUUACGCUGUGUUUACUCCGCUCUGCUCUUGACGUAACUAAUUAAUUUCUGGUGUUAGUCUCAUCGAGAUUUCUAGAAACGUUAAAAAACAUAUUUUCAGGUUUUCUUGUGGAAGUUAUACGAUUUACUAGUUCCUUUAGAGUUUUCUUCUGAAUUUCAACAAAGUUUGUCUUCUGUGUAUUUAAUUUUCUGAACACCAAAACAGUAGUGCAGUCAUGACCAAGCACCUAGUUUCAUAGGAAAUUGUGCACAGUUUUGCAAUUUUUUCCGUGACCAGGGAUAAUCUCUGAUAUUAAAGAGGGUUACCCGGAGUAUGAGUGGCGGAUGUCGUCUAGCGCGACAGUGACGGGCGCGGCACCCGGCCGCAUGGCUGAGCCGCGCCCCGGCAAGCACACCGUGCAUUGGUUCCGCAAGGGGCUGCGGCUGCACGACAACCCCGCACUGCGCGAGGGCCUCAACGGCGCUGUCACGCUGCGAUGCGUCUUCAUCAUUGACCCCUGGUUCGCGAGCUCCUUCAACGUUGGAAUCAAUAAAUGGAGGUUCCUCCUACAAUGCUUGGACGACCUGGACAGCAGCCUGAAGAAGCUGAACUCGCGGCUGUUCGUGGUGCGCGGGCAGCCGGCGGACGCGCUGCCCAAGCUGUUCCGCGAGUGGGGCACCACCGUGCUCACCUUCGAGGAGGACCCCGAGCCCUACGGGCGCGUGCGCGACCACAACAUCAUGUCCAAGUGCCGCGAGGUCGGCAUCACCGUACUGUCGAGGGUCUCGCACACCUUGUUCAAGCUGGACAAGAUCAUUGAAAGGAACGGUGGCAAGGCGCCGCUGACGUACCACCAGUUCCAAGCGCUUAUUGCAAGCAUGCCGCCGCCGCCCGCCGCCGAGGCGACCAUCACUCCGCAGCUCUUCAACGGGACCGUCACGCCCAUUUCGGACGACCACGACGAGCGUUUUGGCGUGCCGACACUCGAGGAACUAGGUUUUGAAACAGAGGGACUUAAACCGCCGGUGUGGAUCGGCGGAGAGAGCGAGGCCCUGGCGCGUCUGGAGAGGCAUUUAGAGCGCAAAGCAUGGGUCGCAUCGUUCGGGAGGCCGAAGAUGACGCCACAGUCCCUGCUAGCAAGCCAGACCGGCUUGUCGCCGUAUUUAAGAUUUGGAUGUCUGUCAACAAGGCUGUUUUAUUACCAACUGACAGAGUUAUAUAAAAGAAUCAAACAAGUUCGGCCGCCAUUGUCCCUUCACGGACAGAUUCUGUGGAGAGAAUUCUUCUAUUGUGCGGCGACGCGAAACCCCAACUUUGAUCGAAUGGAAGGAAACCCUAUAUGCGUUCAAAUACCCUGGGACAAGAACCAAGAUGCCCUAGCGAAGUGGGCAAAUGGCCAAACUGGAUUCCCGUGGAUCGACGCAAUCAUGAUCCAGCUGCGCGACGAGGGCUGGAUCCACCACCUGGCGCGGCACGCGGUCGCCUGCUUCCUCACCAGGGGCGACCUCUGGAUCUCGUGGGAGGAGGGCAUGAAGGUGUUCGACGAGCUGCUGCUGGACGCCGACUGGUCGGUGAACGCUGGCAUGUGGAUGUGGCUCUCGUGCUCCUCCUUCUUCCAGCAGUUCUUCCACUGCUACUGUCCCGUGCGCUUCGGACGCAAGUCCGACCCCAACGGAGAUUUUAUCAGAAAAUACAUUCCAGUAUUGAAGAAGAUCCCGACGCAGUACAUCCACGAGCCGUGGCUGGCGCCCGAGGCGGUGCAGGUGGCGGCGCACUGCGUGGUCGGCCGCGACUACCCGCUGCCCAUGGUGGACCACAGCAAGGCCUCCAAGGUCAACAUCGAGCGCAUCAAGCAGGUCUACGCGCAGCUCGCCAAAUACUCACCGCAUGGUAACGUCCUGAAUCCAAACAGUGUCCCGCGACCUAACGCGGUGCUGUCGUCGCCGAGCCCUUCUUCUAUAAUCGCGAGCAUCAACCAGUCCAACUACCUGUGCAGCAAGUCUCCCGAUCCGUCGCAAAACUCGCAAACUCAACAAGGAAAGACAUUCAAGGAAAUCCCAAACUACAAUGACACCAAUAGGGCUCUGCGGCCCCAGAAGGUUGGCUCGCCUAAACCACCGCCCUUCAAAGAAAUUGUAAUUGUUCCCAUAGUACAAAAAACUAAUGUGAAUAACGAGAAUGUAGCAGAAGGCAGGGCUCAAUGAGCAAUCAUAGAGGACGUGCGAUGCUAUCCGGUUCGCCCUUAAAAUGAUAUGUGCCGUAACACAUAUGAAAAUGCCGACAGAUUCUGGCUUAAUAUAUCAACAAAAGACAAAUCCUAUUGCUGUACUCGGCAAUUAGUAAUAUGAUUAGGUAUGACUGUCGGUCCGAAUCCUAAGCCUGGUCAGGCAGAUCUGUACCUAGUGAUUAUACACGAAUCUGUUCUAUAUGCGCUGCAUUGGAAUUAUAUGCGCACUAGCGUGGCCUCAAUCUUGACGGCGGAGUAGCAAGUGCGUGUAGUUGGGUUAUAAGCAAAUCGAAAACAGUGGUCGCUGUUCUCAGGUUGAAUUCUAUACAAAUUAUUGGCAACUUCUAAACCUAUUCUCUUAAUGUUGCUAAAAUUAAACAUUGAAUAUUUUUAAGUAGAAAACUGGAAACACUUUGUUGCUUUAUAUAUAAACUAGCGACACGCCCCGGCUUCGCACGGGUACUAUACAUGUAAACCUUCCUCUAGAAUCACUCUAUCUAGUUAAAAAAACCGCAUGAAAAUCCGUUGCGUAGUUUUAAAGAUUUAAGCAUACAUAUGGACAUAGGGACAGAGAAAGCGACUUUGUUAUAUACUAUGUAGUGAUGAUGUAUGUAAGUACCAGGAGAGCACCACUACUGACGUGCAGUAAACAACUUUUCAGCUGCGAUACUUUAAUUAAGUGUAACUUUUGUACGUGUCUCACAUUUUAUGUAUUUUGAUGUACCUAAUUGGCGUUAGGAAAGUAAGAAAUUAUAUAAUAAAUGUUUAAAAAUCCAA